AUUUGACCUUCGUCCUCCCCUCUGUUUCCUUCACUGAGGAAACACCUGCUUUCCCACCAACUCCUGCUCUCCUCCCGCCCCGCGCCGCCGCCUCGAGCCCCGUAAACCCUAGCCAAACGGAGGAACGAAGCAGAGCCAUGGCGGAGCACGACCUGACGUCACGCCUGGCGGCGCAGCUGGACCGCCACCUGGUGUUCCCGCUGCUGGAGUUCCUGCAGGAGCGACAGCUCUACCCUGAGGAGGAGAUCCUGGAGGCCAAGCUCCGCCUCCUCGGCGCCACCAACAUGGUUGAGUACGCCAUGGACAUCCACAUGUCGCUCCACGGCACCGACGACGUCCCCGACGACAUGGUCGCGCGCCGCGCCGAGGUCCUCGCCAGGCUCAAGGCGCUCGAGGCGGCCGCCGCGCCGCUCGUUGCCUUCCUCCGGGACCCGCAGCUCGUGCAGGAGCUCAGGCCCGACAGGCAGUACAACGUUCACAUGCUCCGUGAGCGGUUCCGGAUUGGUCCUGACCAGAUUGAAGCUAUGUACGAUCUUGCUAAAUUUCUGUUUGAGUGUGGAAAUUAUCCAACUGCUGUUGACUACCUGUACCAGUACCGUGUUUUGUGCACAAACAGCGAGAGGAGCGUGAGUGCUUCGUGGGGGUUGUUGGCAUCAGAGAUUUUAAUGCAAAAUUGGGACGCUGCGUUGGAAGAGCUCAAUCGCUUAAAAGAGAUUAUUGAUUCAAAGGACUUCUCAUCACCUCUAAAUCAGCUCCAGAAUAGGAUUUGGCUGAUGCACUGGAGUCUCUUUAUCUUCUUUAACCAUGAAAAUGGCAGAAAUGGUAUCAUUGAUCUGUUCUUCCAGGACAGGUACUUGAAUGCUAUUCAGGCAAAUGCACGCCAUCUUCUGAGAUACGUAGCUACUGCUGUUGUUGUGAACAAAAGGAGAAGGAAUAUGCUUAAAGAGUUUAUUAAAGUCAUUCAACAAGAACAGCAUUGCAUUAAGGAUCCCAUAACUGAAUUCCUGGAAUGCUUGUAUGUGAAUUAUGAUUUCGAUGGUGCACAACUGAAACUCAUGGAGUGCGAGAAGGUUAUACUGAAUGAUCCUUUUCUGGGAAAGGGGAUUGAACAAGGAAGUUUCACCAUUGUUCCUUUGAUAGACGAGUUCCUUGAAAAUGCUCGUCUCUUUAUUUUCGAGAGAUACUGCUGCAUACAUCGGUGCAUUAAUAUUAGCAUUCUGGCAGAGAAGCUGAACAUGAGGCAUGAUGAGGCGGAAUUGUGGAUAAUGAACUUGGUUAGGAGUUCAAAACUGGACGCGAAGAUCGAUUCGGUGUCAGGAACUCUAAUCAUGACGACCAAUCAUGUUAAUGUACAUGAGCAGAUUAUCGAAAGCUUGAAGAAUCUUGACAUGCGGACUUACAUGCUAGCAAAAAGCAUUGUGGAGCCAGCUCAGGCAGCACAACAGGCAGCUCGGGGAGAUUAACAGAGUCUCCACGGUUUUGAGGCGCCAAGAAUUACUUAAAGUAGAGACAAAUUUAGUAAUUUUUUUUAGCUGUAGGGUCUAUAGGACGGAAUAUAAAGGAAUAAGAAAGGUAUAUUAAUAUUGAAAAUGUGAGAAUGUAUGCGUGUUUUUUUAAAGAAAUAUGAAUGGGUGUUUGGAACAUAGGAUUUUGUAAAACACAUCAACGUUUCAAUUGAGUAUAUAAUCUACUUU